UGAAGAGGUUGUGGAGUUCUUAGCCGGCUUCCCUCUGUUGAAGGAGCUGUUCAUCCCAUACGACAUGGACGUAAGCGGUCUGACCGACUCCGAAGCAGAUGUGCUCGUGAACUCAUUUCCACUGCUCGAAUGCUUGGACGCCGAAAGCGUGCAAACGCUCGGCAUAGAACACCUGGCCACGCUGAUGCAGCGAUUGCCUAUACGUGCACUGUCGGUAUGUAUCCUGCCAGAGAGUAUCAGCUCACUGACCAGGCUGAAGCUCGUGGACUUUGGCCAUCCACUGCCGCUGCUUCGAUCGCAUACGCUCAAGUACUUCGAGUGCGACGCGGAUGAGAUGGAAG